GGGAGCAGGGUAGCAGGAGCUGACUUUCUCCCAGUCUCCCUGUAACGGAGAGCAGGAACAGACAGCGCUCCUCUGCCCCUGCCUGCCACAUGCCACUAUACUAAUGCUCCAUCUCAUGCUGGCCUGCCAGCGCUCACCGACUCCAUGGGCUCUUAGGAUAACUGCUUGGGCAUUAGUAGAAGAUCUCAAGUACUUGUUUGUAAGAUUCUGAAGCAAUUCUACAUUGAUCUUUUCAGCCUGUGAUCCUAUUAGUUCCUUCUCAACGGAUUUGUUUUUUGCUUUUUUAGUAUUAUACUGCACUUUUUUUUUUAAAUCUAUUAAAAAAAAGGAUUAAUGAGGCCGAAGAGAAGGUAUCAGUGGCUAGCAGCUAUGGGCAUUUAAUGGGCACGAGAUCCUUGUGACUUACAGGAGGAAAUAAAUGCACUUAAAAGUGUGUGUGUAACUAUUGCCAGCCUCUCGCACUGCUGCAGAAAGUGGAGUGUUGCCCAGCUGUAUACCCUGAGCCAGCUUCUUGUGCCUCCCAGUAUCAUGAGGAAGGGUCUGGAAACUGCCAGCUGCGGUCUGAGACUGGGGUACAUCCUGCAAAUGUGUUUCCUGCCUGCUCUGGCCAUACUGACCGCUAGCAGCACCUUCGCAGCGCAAGAGUUUCCCAGACCUGGCCUGCAGGAUCCAAGAACAGACGAUGAUUUCUUUCAUGAACUCCCAGAGACAUUUCCAUCAGAUCCCCCGGAGCCAUUGCCUCAUUUUCUCAUUGAGCCUGAAGAAGCUUACAUCGUGAAGAACAAACCAGUAAACCUGUACUGCAAAGCCAGCCCUGCCACACAGAUCUACUUCAAGUGCAACAGUGAAUGGGUUCAUCAGAAAGACCAUAUGGUGGAUGAAAGAGUAGAUGAGACCUCAGGUCUCAUUGUCCGAGAAGUGAGUAUUGAGAUUUCCCGACAACAGGUAGAGGAGCUGUUUGGACUGGAAGACUACUGGUGCCAGUGUGUUGCCUGGAGCUCCGCAGGAACUACCAAAAGCAGAAGGGCCUAUGUUAGGAUAGCAUACUUAAGGAAGACUUUUGAACAAGAACCUCUAGGGAAGGAAGUGUCACUGGAACAAGAAGUCCUAUUGCAGUGUCGUCCACCUGAAGGAAUACCAAUAGCUGAGGUGGAAUGGCUGAAAAAUGAGGAUAUCAUUGAUCCUGUUGAAGAUCGGAAUUUUUACAUCACAAUUGAUCAUAACCUCAUCAUCAAGCAAGCAAGGCUUUCAGACACUGCCAAUUAUACCUGCGUUGCCAAAAACAUUGUGGCCAAAAGAAGAAGCACUACAGCAACAGUAAUUGUUUAUGUGAAUGGUGGUUGGUCAACCUGGACUGAGUGGUCUGCGUGCAGUAAUCGCUGUGGCAAAGGUUUCCAGAAACGUACAAGGAUGUGUACGAAUCCUGCGCCACUCAAUGGCGGAUCUGUCUGCGAUGGGCAAAGUGUUCAGAAGAUAAGCUGCACCACGCUUUGUCCAGAGGAUGGUGAAUGGACAGGGUGGAGCAAGUGGUCAACCUGUGGGACUGAAUGUACACAUUGGCGCCGCAGGGACUGUGCAAACCCCACACCACGAAAUGGAGGGAAAGACUGUGAGGGCCCUGUUCUACAGUCCAAGAACUGCACUGAUGGAUUAUGUAUGCAAAGCCCGAUUUUCCCUCUUUCACCCAGAACCAAUGAGCAGAAAACACAGAAAGAAUAUGGAUAUCCUUCUGCUCCUAGCUCAGACAAUGUAGCCCUGUAUGUCGGCAUCGUCAUAGCUGUGAUAGUAUGCCUCGCCAUCUCAGUCAUUGUAGCUUUGUUUGUCUAUCGGAAGAACCAUCGUGGUUUUGAGUCUGACAUUAUUGACACUUCUGCUCUGAAUGGGGGUUUCCAAGCUGUCAACAUUAAAGCCGCGAGACAAGAUCUCCUGGCAAUUCCACCCGACCUAACAUCUGCUGCAGCAAUGUACAGGGGGCCUGUCUAUGCUCUGCAUGAUGUCUCGGAUAAGAUCCCAAUGACCAAUUCACCUCUCCUUGACCCUCUUCCUAAUUUGAAAAUCAAAGUGUACAACUCCUCUGGUGCUGUAACGCCUCAAGAUGAUUUGUCUGAAUAUGCAUCUAAACUUUCUCCUCAAAUUACACAGUCCCUGCUGGAGAAUGAUACCCUAAAUAUGAAGAACCAAAGUCUAGCAAGGCAAACAGACCCAUCCUGUACUGCAUUUGGGACAUUCAAUUCACUAGGCGGCCACCUAAUUAUUCCUAAUUCAGGAGUGAGCUUGCUGAUUCCUGCUGGGGCUGUACCUCAGGGAAGGGUGUAUGAAAUGUAUGUGACGGUGCACAGGAAAGAGAACAUGAGGCCACCAAUAGAGGACAGCCAGACACUUCUUACUCCAGUAGUAACUUGUGGGCCACACGGAGCAUUGAUGACAAGACCAGUCAUUAUAACAAUGCACCACUGCGCAGAAACAAAUGCAGAAGACUGGAAGAUCCAACUGAAGGAGCAAUCUGCACAAGGACAGUGGGAGGAUGUUGUGGUUGUUGGAGAGGAAAAUUUUACCACCCCUUGUUACAUCCAAAUGGAAUCAGAAGCCUGUCACAUCCUCACAGAGACAUUAAGCACCUAUGCAUUGGUGGGACAGUCUACUAGCAAAUCAGCAGCAAAGCGACUGACGUUAGCUAUAUUUGGUCCAGCAUCCUGCACAUCUCUGGAAUACAACAUUCAAGUUUACUGCUUAGAUGACACUCAGGAUGCACUUAAGGAAGUGCUACAGCAGGAAAGGAAAGUUGGUGGACAGCUACUGGAUGAACCUAAAACUCUUCAUUUUAAAGGGAGUACUCAUAACCUUCGUCUAUCCAUCCAUGACAUCCCCCACUCGCUUUGGAAAAGCAAACUGCUAGCUAAAUAUCAGGAAAUUCCUUUCUAUCAGGUCUGGAGCGGCUGCCAGAGGAAUCUUCACUGCACCUUUACUCUGGAACGCUUCAGCCUCAGCACCACGGACUUAUCAUGCAAGCUGUGUGUCCGGCAGGUGGAGGGGGAAGGACAGAUUUUCCAGCUGAACUGUACAGCAACAGAGGAACCAAGCUGUAUUAUUGAUUAUCCUCUCAUGGAUUCAGCAAGUACCAUUACUACUAUUAUAGGACCAAGUGCUUUUAGUAUUCCUCUAACUAUUCGUCAGAAACUUUGCAGCAGUCUAGAUGCUCCACAAACGCGAGGUCAUGACUGGAGGAUGCUGGCCCACAAGUUGCAAUUAGACAGGUAUCUCAAUUAUUUUGCUACAAAACCCAGUCCUACUGGAGUGAUCCUUGAUCUCUGGGAAGCGCAGAACUACCCGGAUGGAAACCUCAGCACGCUGGCGGCAGUCUUAGAGGAGAUGGGCAGACACGAGACUGUGGUAUCAUUGACAGUAGAAGGGAAAUAUUGAUAGUACUUAGAAAAUCUAAAGAUGGAGAGGAACUAAUAAAAGGACAAAGUAAACGAGAUGAGAAAAUGAACAUACUGGAACGGAAUACUGACCAAUGAGUUUUACUACUUAUAUAAAAAAAAAAGACUUUGAUAUAAACCUUUCUUGUAUAUUAACACAGAAAUGAAAAGGAAAAAUCAUGCAAAGCUGUAUCUCAAAUAUUAUAAACCAACCUGAUGCUCGUUCAGUGUGUGGCUUGUUAUAGGAUUUUACAGUUUCCUAGGAAACGAAAUUUAUUGCUAUCCAGAUACAUGGAUAAUCUUUCUAUACAAUCCCAGCUCCAAUGGACAUUGUUUACAUCCACUAACGGACAGGGGUUCUUGAUGCUGUCCCAUGACUAUUUAUAUAUUUUGUGCAAGCCAUCUAAAUGAAUAUUGUCUGCCACUCCAGGGUAUUUUUAGGAAAGCUAUGGUACUUUAUUUUCAGCAGAAUUGAGAUUGGGUGUACUGAUUACUACUUCAAGUGUCAUACAAUCCCCUUGUGCAGGUUUUCUGUCCCCUGAUCUCUCUAUGAAAGAGAGUUCAAUGUGUUCAUAUGGAAAUCCAGUAGUAAGCAGCUACCAACACAGACAGCAAAACUAGUUUUUUUUAUUUUUAAAGUGAUUUCACAAUCAGUCAUCUAAAAUCCAAAAGUAAAUACAGGUUGAGUAUCCCUUAUCCAAAAUGCUUGGGACCCAGAGGUAUUUUGGAUAUCGGAUUUUUCCGUAUUUUGGAAUAAUUGCAUACCAUAAUGAGAUAUCAUGGUGAUGGGACCUAAAUCUAAGCAUAGAAUGCAUUUAUGUUACAUAUACACCUUAUACACACAGCCGGAAGGUAAUUUUAGCCAAUAUUUUAUGUAGUUUUGUGCAUUGAAUUCACACAAUUCAUUUGUUUCAUAUACACCUUAUACACACAGCCUGAAGGUCAUUUAAUACAAUAUUUUUAAUAACUUUGUGUAUUAAACAAAGUUUGUGUACAUUGAGGGAUACUCAACCUGUACUGCAUAAUAUUUUGUUUGUACAUGCAUGUCAGUGCUGACAGGAUUGCCUUGUUUUUGCUAUUCUUGGUCGAUUUGGAAAAUCUUAUCAACAGCAGUUAAGUUGAAUAUCAAUAUUUUCAUCUUCUACUUCAACAAAUAUAAUUUCGCAGUUUGUAUAUCUGUUUUAUUUGUCUAUUAUUAUAUGUUAAAUAUGUAUUCAUUUUACAUAAUGUAAAAGUGGAUUAUUUGGGACAUUAAGUGGAGCAGAAGGUCACAGAAAGCCAUUGCGAUGAGAGUUUGGAAAGAGAAUAAUCAGUUGGGCAUUGAGUGAACAUUUCCAGGAAUAAUUUUAUUGGUAAUCUGAGAAAUGUUUUCAAUUCUAGCAAAAUGCCAGAAUUGGAUAGGGAAUACUCUGUGGAUGAUUUUAGUAGUUGACUGGCUUCCAUAAGGAAGAGUGGCUGUUUGUCACCGCACUGAUAAAUCCAGUUACUAGGAAAUAAUUAAGAGUGGUUUGAUAUAUUUUACCUGAGGAAUCAACAUCUUCAUUUAUUAUUCUGGUAACCCAAUUCAGAACAUUCAGAACUUCCAUAUUCAUAGGAUCCAUGCUGAUUCUCUGAUUAAUAAAAAGCAAGUCAGAUUACUGUUGCUUACUCAGUGCAGUCCUUCAUACUUAAUAGCGGAACUUGAUGUAUUUGGACGAUUACCUUAAUAAUAGAAGUUAGAUCAGAUUGUUACCCUCUUAAAGAAUAUGUACUGCAUAUCUCUUCUAACCACCACAUGUAGCCAUUAAAAAUAAGCUGACAGCUCAAAGUGGCCCCAGUCUUCAAGUAACAGGAGGGGGGUAUUUCUCAGCACCCUAUUUCUAUAUGUGGAGUCAGGUAAACUAGAAAGUACUUUUCCAGAAGUAUUUCAUAAACCUGUCUUAAAAUCAAAAGGCUCCAGCUGGGGGAAUAAUUCUCCUCCUAAUUACACUAUGCAGACCAAAGUGAUUGGACACUGACAGCAAAUAGCUCAAUUAGAUUUUAUUAAUAUCAGUACUUUGUAGAUCCAAUAUGUGCAGUGAUUACUGCAGACAUCCUUCUUGGCAAACUGUCCACAAGUUCCUGGACAACAGCAGGCAGUAUGUUUUGCCAUUCCACCUUAAGUACAGUGACCAACUGUGACACUGAAGAAUUCGUCCCAGAGGUUCCCAGUGGGGUUACGAUCUGGACUCUGAGCUGGCCAGUCCAUCUUGGUUAACGAAUUUUCUAUAUACCAGUCCAGCGUCACCUUGGAAACAUGACAAUGCACAGCCUACAAUGAUCUCGAUUAGCUCCUUUUAGCAAACCUAUACCCACUUUAUACCUUCACGAACACGUAUCUAUUGCAGGAGCACACCAUUUUGCUUGCGUGAGGGGGGUGUCCGAUCACAUUUGUCUACAUAGUAUAGAAGCACAGCUUUAAAAAAAAAAACUUACUGCUUAGCACCACUGGGAGUCAGCCCUAUUGCCAAUAAUACCUACUUAACAAACUUUAAUUAAGUAACAUUUCACUACAAAUGGUGGCAAGUGCCUCCAGUUUAGUCUUUUGUGCAAGAAAAUAACAGAUGCUGCACUCAGCAUUGCCUUCUUUGCUAAAAGUUGCCAUGAAUUCCUAAGAUGUCUCCUUGUGCUGCACCACUCACCAGGAUUACCAUAAAGAUACCAGGAUGGAGAUCAGCAAAUGAUUCCACUGAAUGUUCUCCUCAUACCACAAUUGGCUAUGACAUUUGUCCAUUUCACCUGCAGAAUUUUGCUUUGAACAUUAUAUAGUUCUGACCCAAACACACGUGCAGCAGGAUGAGCUAACCAUCAUCUCUCCAGCUCUUUAUAUAGAGUAUACAUUUGUGACAUAUGAAUAUACAACUGUAGUGCAGCAUGGCACUGGAACCUGAACCUGCGUGCACUAAAUUAUCCCUGUGUGAACUCGAUUUGAGUGAAAUUUUGAUGGUAUUUUGCUCAUCUCUACAUGAAGGUUUUAAUUCUAAACUGCCCACUAUCAUAAGUAACAAGGACUGCUACAUUUCAGAAGCAACAUUUCCUAGCUCAAUAAGUCAUUAGAUUUCAAAAUGUUUCAGAUUUCUUACAUUUUGUUGGUGAAAAAUAUAUGUAUACAUACAUAUUUACAUACAUACAUACUGUACAUACACACACACACACACACACACACGCAUACACACACACACACACACACAUUCUGUACAUACAUACAUACAUACAUAAAUACAUAAAUCCACUGUAUGGGUGGUCUUCACUAUGCCGAAUGUCGGGAUCCCAGCGCACAGUAUACCGGCGCUGGAAUCUCGGCACCCGGCAUACCGACAUAUAUUCUCCCUCGUGGAGGUCCACGACCCCCCUGGAGGGCGAAUAAAAUAGCGUGGCGCGCAUAGUGGCGAGCGCAGCGAGCCCGCAGGGGGCUCCUUUGCGCUCGCCACAGUGUCGGUAUGCCGGCGGUCGGGCUCCCGGCGCCGGUAUGCUGGUCACCGGGAGCCCGGCCGCCAGCAUACCAUACUACACCCCACUGUAUACAUCCACUGUUAACAAAGAUACUGCUUUGACUAAACUGGAAGAGUUUCCUGCCUUUUACCAUGCGUUCAUGGACAUUCUUCAUGUAUGCUGCCCUCUAGUGCUGAGUCCAGCAGAAUACAAUCUAUUUAUUUUUACUCCACCUAGAUCUAUUUAACUACAAUUGUGCCUCUCAUUUGGAACUACAAAUUUAAUUCAGUUUUUCUGGUUUUCAGUUUUUGGUUGAUUUUUUAGAGAAAGUAUACAAAAUUCAGAGCGUUACGUUCGGCUUGCCUUUGUAACAUCAGCUGCUUUAAAAAGAAAACUUUAAAAAAAUUAUGUUAAAGGCAUGUGGCCAAAAUACAUAUACCUUCUAUUUAUGUUAUAUAUGCUUGCUUUUUUUCAUUUUUAGUUUAAUUUAUCACCCUUAUCUAUUAUUUCAUGUGUGCACUAUAUUAAAAAAAAAUGCUUUUUGCUUUUGUGAUCAUUUGCUUCAGAAUGUCAUCUUUGAUUUGUUUUGUCAAUAUGACUAUUGUUCUAUAUGGGCAAACACACAUUGUUCUGGCUCCAUGAUACUCUGUCAGCGUCUGUAAGUGCUUUUUUUGUGCACAUUACAAACGCUAGUAUAUCUGAUGUUGCUUGAAUAUUACAGGUUAAUUAAAAAAAGCUUUUUUUGUAGGAUUUAAAAUGCUACCUUAAUGAGCAGUUUAUUUUCAGCUAUUUUCACCUCUAACAUAAUGCUUAAAAAGGCUCUUGUACGUAAAGCGACUCAUUAGGCUUUUUAAUAGGUUAGUUAGCUGAUUACGGGAGAUUCUGUCUGAGUUUAUAAAAUUAAAGAAUUGAUCAAUGCUUUGUGACAGGAUACAGUAAUAGAAUCUAGGUAUUAGCUGGCCUUUACAACUUGUGCUCAUUAAGUUAAUACACUCGUGCACUCAUUAAAGGUAUAUUCACUCUGGAACACGAUACAUAUGUUGUAGUUAUUGUAAAAGUCCAUUUCGUACUGUAUUUCUUUAAUUGCUGCAAAUCUUAAUUGUAAUCUGAUACAGUAUAAAAAGCUUCUUGUCACUUAACAUAGAUAUAUGUAAAGGUUCCCCUGAAUGUCACAUUGUACAAUAUGUGACAUUAUACAUGUUAUCUGGUUAGAUUCAGGAUCCAAGUAACGGCAUGCAGUGUCUUUAUCAAUCAAUAGCAAGCCUAGUGUGCGAAGCAGACAUGCCUCAUAAUCACAAAGGGAAAGAUAACGUAGUUUAUGUCACUAGAUUAAAGUGGAAUUUGUGCCAUCCACAGGGAGCAGCAUUUAUUGAUGAGAACACCUGGCUCAUUAUGGGUCUCUUUAUCAAAGGGAGAAUAUCCCUAAGGGGGACAUUUACUAAGCAGUGAUAAGAGCGGAGAAGUGAGCCAGUGGAGGAGUUUCCCCAUCAACCAAUCAGCAGCUCUGUAUAAUUUUAUAGUAUUCAAAUUAUAGAUGUUACUUCAGUGCUGAUUGGUUGACAUGGUCACUUCUCCACUGGCUCACUUCUCUGCUCUUAUAACUGCUUAGUAAAUGACCCCUUUAAUUUGAUGAAAAUGGAAGUUUUUGCUGCAUAUAAUGGUUCUUGCUAUUUAUCAAUUCUCUUAUUUAUGAAUUAAUUAAAAAGUCACUGCUGACCCAAUGCUUUCUUUAGUUAAAAUUACUUUUGUUUCAUUUUUAAUUUAUAUGUUUAGAUCUUCAUCACAAACACCGAGACCAUUCUCUGCUGCAGUCCACGUCUCCCAGCAUUGCUGGGUCACGUAUGUUCAGUAGGAACCCAAAUGUCUGGCAAUUUAGUAAGAGUCACGACUUACCUACCUGAAAAUACCAUUUAAUGGUAAUUAAACUAGAGAACUGUCAUUGGAUAGAAGAGAUUCUUCACUAAAUCCAUAGCCAUACAUGACAGUAGUGUGCAUCAUAUGUAAAUGCACUUUAUGGAACUGCACAGGUCGCACUGCCAUAGUAUUGGGAACAUAAAUGAAUACUACAGAAUAGAAAAUGAUACAGAGAUACUCAGUAAUAUAACCAAACUAGCGUAAUGUUUGCAAUGCAGUCUUGUACAUGUGAUAACUACUAAUACAGUAUGGCAACCUACUUAUUCCUGUACAAACAGCAUCCUGCAAUAAUUACAUGACGAGAUACUGGGAGCCUUCAUUAAGCUAUUUAUAUCAACAUUCACAUAUAUUACCCACAUUUAUAUACUUUGCAAGAAAAGAGCAAAUGUACCUCUAAUUAUGUUAUCAGUAAUGUAAAAUUAAUUUAGGGAAAUUAUAAUAAUGUGGUUUGUUUUUUUUACACAAAACAAAUAUUAUUUUAUACUAUGAUAAAUUGUGUUUCCUGUAAUAUUAGUUGGACACUGUCAUCAUGACAUAUGUAUAAUUUAUAAUUAUAUAUAAGAGACUAUGGUUGUUACCUUCUACGGUUGUUAUCUUGUUAUUUUCUGUAGCUGCAAUUUUACAUUUACAGUUUUGCUUUUUAUGUUAUUGGGAAAUGUAUUCCUAAAAGAAGAUUGAGCAGAUAUCGCUACAGAUUUACUCCCUUAUGUCUCGCAACUUCACUCUACAAAAUUUGGUAACUGCUUAAUUGGCGAUUGCCUACAGCUCAGACAGUCAGCAGGAGACCCAAUGGACCUAAUGUAUUAACUCAUAACAGUAUGAGCUCAUUUACAUUUUUUAAGUCCUUUUCUGCUAGAGCCACAUAAAAAUAAAAAUAUAGGUGAAAAUGGAAAAACUGUCAAUAAAUAUCCCAAUGUGAAGUAAAUAAAUAUCUCUGAAACAUUCAGUCAUUUCCAAAUUGUGAAGUAAUUUAUGUAACAGCAUGUAUUAGAUAUAUGGAUUUUGGAAAAUAAUAUGAUCUUACUGUAUGAGACUUUAAAAAUAGCGAUUAUUAAUUUAAUUGAGAAAACACACACCGAAAUAAAGCUUCCACUAGCAAGAAGCCAGUGUUAUAACCAAUAAAUAUGCAUUAUUUAACAUUCUGCAGUACAAGUAAGCAUUAAUUAUAACACAAUUUCUUGUAAGCUUCUACUGUACCCUACAUUUUACAGGGUUGUGUUUGAAAAAUGUCAGGAGCUGAUUGGUUGGUAAUUUAUCUCUCACAAUUUUAACAUUCUUCAAGUAUUGAUAAAUACCCCUCUAAAUGAUAAAAACAUAUCUCAAAGCUGAGGUCAUGAAAGCACCAAAUCUGAAUCUGAAUCCUGUACAUUGAAAUGUCAGUAAAAUCUGUGAAUUUGGUUAGAUAAAUUGGAAUGAUUUGGUCAAAUUCAAAGCUUCCUAUAAAGGUGCCAAACAGAUAAAAUAAAUGUUAAAUUUUAUGGAGGAAACUUAUCAAAUCUUGGAGAGAGUGGAAGGAGAUAAAGUAGCGAUCAGCUACUAACUAUCAUUGUACUUUAUCUAUCUCUCCAUUUUAUCCAAGUUUAUAUGUAAAAAUUAAAAAAACAACAUUAGAGCUAUUCAACAUUCUCUGCCUUGAGUAAAUGGUGCAAAACCACAGUAUUCCUUAGCCUGACUAGCCAAACAAUUGUUCUAAAUAAAAAGAAGGAGCAUGAAGGGCAAUAUGUUAGAAAUUUGCUUGACCCCACUAGGAAACUGUAUUGAUGAAUUUAGAUCUAUAUGGAUGUAGCAAAAUUGGCAACAGACCUGAUUGUUCUGUCUGAUGAAAAGCCUAUUAUGCCAAAUGACUGGAAAAUAGUAAUUACCCAGCGCAAGUGAAACCUGAGCACAGGGCUAGACCCUUGGAGAGACUAUUCCGCAACAAAACUAAAGUAUUUUAAUUAAUAGUUUGUUAUUUUUGCAGCAGUGAUUACAGGAUGCUAUGUUAUGUAAAAAGCAUAUACAUUUUUUUCCAUGAUGAUGCUUUGAAACAGUUGAUUAAAUAAUUCCAAUUGGUGUCAUAAAAUAUCCCAUAUAAAAUAGUACAAUUGCAAACUACUUGACUGCUCAUCCAGUAAAACAUCUUAUCCGUAAGCCUUACUUUUACACAGGUGUUACGCUUUGCCUGCAUUUAACUUGGAUUUUCAAUAAUUUAGCAUUACAUAUUUGAUAAGUGAUUUGUUUAAGAUCUGUUUAAGAACUGGGAAACAUAACAUUCGCCUCUGGUUUGGACAAACCCCGUGGAUUCCUAAAGCUGAGGAUUUCAUUCUCAAGUAUUUUUAUUACAGCAGUAUUACUGCAAAAGUGUUACUUACCUUUUUGGCUAUAGAGAUAAAGAAACCAAUUUAGUUUGUCUUUUCUUUCCCUCCAGCUGUAUUUACUAUGCAAUUCCUUUUUCUAAAAAAAAAAAAAAAAAAGAUAUGUACUGCGAAAGAAGUGCUAUCCAUUGUAUUCUUUGUAUUUCUGUAUAGUGAGAUGUACUGUAGUUUACUCUUCUCGGUGUGCCUCAUUUAUUUCCUCCCUACCUUCCCAAACAAGCCUGUUUUGUUUAUCACCGUUUGUAAAUGCCUGCAUUUAUUCUGUCAACCUGACAUGUACAAAGUGUAAUAAAUUUUUUUAAACAGGUAAUAAAUUAUAUUUAUAAGCAAUUAUAA